AAUAGACUUGUGUCAUUACGCGGUGCUCAGUAAAACGAAACACCUCAAGUGAAAUUUUGGUUAAUAGAUCAAGAUUUCUGCAAUUUUUAUGGCUCAACUGUUUCUUCAUUUCAGAAAUCACAAUUUUAUCCAGUGAGUAAUAUGAGCGGUGGAGUAGUGAACGUUUGGCCAACUCGUUCGAGCUGCUCGACUGCUUUUUCAACUUUCAUUUGUGUAAAAUUCUUAACCACCUUGGGAAGAUUAGAAAAAAAUGCUUGCAUUGAGCGAAGAGCGCCAGUUGAUGUAGUGAAUAUUAAUCUUCUAGGAAUAAAUUACAGCCUAUUGAGAGUAAACAUCUCGAUAUUCACUCCCAAGUUCAUGACCAUCAUUAGAUCCCAUGCAAAUUCCAUUUACAUAAUUGUGAAGGGGAAGCGUAUUUUGUUCACACAUUUUAUUUUUAUUACAAUGAAAAUGUAAAUUAACAAUCGUUGAGGACAUUAGGGCGGCAAAUUAUUCGUUCUGGUGAGUAGACUUGCUCCCACAACGCGCGACAAUAGCUCCUAUCGCCAAGUAUGGUAAAACAUUACACGGAAUUUAGCCGAAUAAUUGAAAAAUGAGUCAUUGUUAGGUUUAUCUCAUUCUUAUCAAACGUUCAAAGUUGAAA